UGCUAGAUCAGCCCCUUCAGACUCCUGCGUAGAUCUGCGUUUUCAGCUUCAUGCUGACUAUCAGCUUAGUCUAGGCUGAGCGUUGCAUGCACUAGUUGACAAAAGCCCCCAAACGACGUCAUCGCCAAUCUUCUCUUUGGUGUUGAACCACCAUUGAGGCCGUGCAAAUCGUUUAAUCCUCUAGGCAACAUUAUAAGCGAUACUUUAAUAGAGAAAAAAAAAGUAUUAGAGAUACAGUGAUGAUAUCUGUUUGCAUUACGGAAUCAUUGAGCGAUUGAAACCUAAUUAAAAAGUGAACAAAGACAAUAAUACUACCUUUUCAAUCUGAAAAAAAAUCACUUACAGAAGAAACCAUUCAAAGUCUCCUAACUACAGCAACACGAAACUCCCACAUCUCUAUUAUCUCCUUUCUCUUAGAAAAAUACUCCGCCAUGUCUCUUGACGAAGAAAUCAUUCGCGCAGCCGUCUACUCCGGGUCUAUUGAACGCUUCGUUACCCUUCUCUCAAAAGACCCCAAAAUCAUCAAUUAUCAAUUCGACAGACGCGGCACACCCCUCGCGCUAGCAUGUCAAAGCCAACAACCGGUCAGCUUUCUUGAGUUUCUACUCAAACAAGGCGCCGAUCCAAACCAAGACCCCGACGUUGCACCAUUCCCGAUAGCUUCUGUAGCAGCCUUCUACAAAGACACCGGCGCUGCAGAGCUUUUGCUGCAGCACGGCGCAAAAUUAGAACACACGGGAGCGCUUGCUGCAGCCGCAGGAAGAGGAAACGAAACUAUGGUGCGAUAUCUACUUGAGCAUGGAGCGCAGCAGGAUAAGGAUGCUGUGGAAUGUGGAAUUCCCGAGUUCGCUUUGCAUAUCGCAGCGCGCAAGGGAUACGUUGAAAUAGUGAAGCUACUGCUAGAUCAUGGUGCUGAGUUGGAGAAAAGAGACGGUAAAGGCCGAACGGCCUUCGAAGUUGUGAGGGAAGUUGAAGAGAAGGACGGAAUUGAUUUGAGCGAAAUUCGAAACCUCCUCAUUAAGCCUUGAAUCGAACAUGAUCAAGUUCCCUAAGCUUCCUACUUAGAUACAUACUCAAAAAAAAAAUAGAUUAUUUGAAGUAUUAUGGUCG